UAUACUCGUAUUUCGGUGAGGAGAGAACAAAAACAGACUUGUGUUCCUUUCUACUCUUAGACGGAAAUCUCUUUUCGGUUCUCGAUUCGCCAGCACCCAGGCCAUGGAGGUCUCUCUGUCUUCAGCUACCUCUAGAAGUUAUCUUCAUCAUUCUUCACCAGAACCGUUGCUUCUCAAAAGAGUAAAAUUUCCUACUUGUGAUCGUUGUCCGCUGUCCCAAUCUUCCACUAGAAGAGUUGGACAACCCUUAGUUGGUAAAACUGGAGCUCUCUCUGCCAAGAGUUACUCUCUGAAGGUUUUAUGUUAUCAAAAGAGGGAAGCUCCAGUAGUAGAGGGCAGGUGUAUCGAAGAAGUAUAUGAUGCUUUGGCUGAACGCCUUGUCCCUACAGCAGCAGCAAUGUCAAAUCCAAAUUUGAAGCAUAUUGUGGGUUUGGCUGGUCCUCCUGGAGCUGGAAAGAGUACUCUUGCAUCUGAAGUAGUACGCCGUGUAAACAAGUUAUGGCCUCAGAAAGCUUCAUCAUUGGAUUCCCAAGUUAUGCCUCCAGAUGUGGCUGCGGUUCUUCCCAUGGAUGGAUAUCAUCUUUACCGUUCUCAGCUGGAUGCAAUGGAGAAUCCUGAGGAAGCUCACGCAAGAAGGGGAGCUCCAUGGACCUUCAACCCUCAGCUGAUACUCAAGUCUUUGAAGACUCUGAGAAGUCAGGGAUCAGUAUAUGCACCUUCAUUUGACCAUGGUGUUGGAGAUCCAGUAGAAGAUGAUAUCUUUGUGAGCAUUCAGAAUAAAGUGGUCAUAGUGGAAGGAAAUUAUUUGUUCUUGGAUAAUGGGGUGUGGAAGGAAAUAUCGUCUAUGUUUGAUGAGAAGUGGUUCAUAGAGGUUGAUAUUGACAAAUCUAUGCAACGAGUUCUCAAGAGACAUAUUGCAACAGGGAAGCCCCCAGAUGUUGCUAAAUGGCGGAUUGAGUACAAUGACCGGCCUAAUGCAGAGACCAUAAUCAAAUCAAAGAAGAAUGCUGAUUUGAUAAUCAAGUCAAUCGACUUCUGAAGGUGACCCUGCUGGAAUCGAAGGCCUCUCUUCAUUUUUGCUGUAUAUAUGUGGUUACUGAAGAACUCCAAUUUCCUUGGAGGUUAUGAAGAAACAAAACAACAAAUUAGGAUUGAAGGCUGCAAAAACACCACCUUUUCCUCGAUGAGUUUGCAGCCAUAAUUGUGACUUAUAAAUUUUGCAAAUGGUUCAUCUAUUUUCAAUUUUUCAUAA